AUUUAAUAAGGUGACAAAUUGUAAUUUUGUGGUUUGAGGUCACUUAAUUUGGCAGCAAUAUCUGCUUUUCCAACAAGGUCAUCAUGUUUGAUAUCUACCAAUUAUGGAAAAGCUCUUAACUGCCUGAUCUGUUGUCCACAUCUAAAGACAAUGGAAAGGAUUGAUUCGGACGACUAUAAAAGCAGCAACAACUAGAACCCAUUUGCAGGAGCAUCUGAUAUUUCCCUUUUGGAGUCAUUUCACUACACCAAGGGACAAAGAUGAAGUGGUUGCUCAUUGCACUUGCUUGCAUUCAGCUCUCUGAAUGUUUAAUCAGAGUGAAACUAUUUAAGGGUAAAUCUGUCCGCAAUAUCUUGGCGGAACGUGGUUUACUCGACGAUUUCCUGAAGAAACACCCAUACAAUCCCCUUUCCAAAUUCCGUGGACCAUCCCAGCAGGACUCAUCAGGUUCAACAGAGCCAUUAGUGAACUACCUGGAUCUGUCAUACUACGGAACAAUCAGCAUCGGGACUCCACCUCAGAGUUUCAUUGUCAUCUUUGAUACUGGCUCUUCAAACCUUUGGGUCCCAUCGGGUUACUGCUCUAGUCCAGCAUGUCGUGAUCAUCGCAAGUUUAAUCCACAAGCGUCCUCAACAUUUCGCCUUUCAAACAAGUACCUUGCUAUCCAGUAUGGUACAGGCAGCAUGACUGGUGUACUGGGAUAUGACACUGUCAGAGUAUCCAACAUUGAUAUCACGCAACAAGAAUUUGGUUUAAGCAUCACUGAGCCUGGCAGCUUUCUUUAUUAUGCUGAAUUUGAUGGAAUUCUGGGAUUGGGAUAUGCAGAUUAUGCCAUUGCAGGUGCCACAACUGUUUUCGAAAACAUGAUGUCUGAGCAUCUGGUGGAGCAACCUGUGUUUGCUUUUUAUCUGACCAGACAGGAUGGUGAGUCAGGAAGUGAAGUUGUAUUUGGUGGAUUUGAUCCAAACCAUUACACAGGUAACAUUAACUGGGUUCCCGUCACUGUGGAAGGAUACUGGCAAAUCCUUGUGGACAGUGUGAAGGUCAACGGCCAGGUAGUGGCUUGUGAAAGCGGUUGUCAGGCCGUUGUCGAUACUGGCACCUCUCUAAUUAUUGGCCCUGUCUCACCGAUCCAGAGAAUUCAGCACGAGAUUGGUGCAGAAGCACAACUUUAUUCUGUGCUUGGUGUGAACUGUCGUAACCUGCCCACCAUGCCCUAUGUGACUUUCACCAUCAAUGGAAUUGACUACCACCUUUCUCCUGAACAAUAUGUUCUCCAGGAUCAAGGUACUUGCAUAAGUGGAUUUGAUGGCAUGUAUCUUCCAAGCGCUUCUGGAGGCCUCUAGAUUCUGGGAGAUGUCUUCAUUGGACCAUAUUAUUCCAUCUUUGACAGAGGAAACAAUCGUAUGGGCUUCGCCAAAUCUACCUAAUUUAUUCUUCCAGGAUUUAAUUUAAAGCACAUUCUGAUUCCAUUUUGAGGUUUUGCUCAUUCAUUGGCGAUGAUUGAAGGAGUGGGCCAUAAGGUAACACAAGGUGAAAACCUAGGAAGUCUCCAGUUCAUGAGGGCUCAGGUUCAUCUGAUUAUGUAUGAGACGCAGCAAGGAGGAACUCUAAAAUAAAGUCAAUGAGCUGGAACCUUUUAAUUACAUCUGGAUGAACCCUUACCACACUGACCCAGACAUUCAACAAAAUGGAUUGACAAAAUGUGCUUUAAAUGGUUACUCUUGCAAAGUCAACCUUGAAUGAUAAACCGCUUUGUAGAUACACUAAGAUUUUCCUUCUACUUUCAGUAGCCCAUAAUCCUAAAUGAAGAGC